UACGUCAGAAGUAAACACACGGAAGCUAACUGAGCUAGCUUCUAAUCCGGUGUAGUAGCGAUCAAAAUGGCUUUUACGCUUUAUUCGCUGAUUCAGGCUGCCAUUCUUUGUGUAAACGCCGUCGCUGUACUUCACGAGGAAAGAUUUUUGAGUAAAAUUGGCUGGGGAGUGGACCAGGGAGUUGGGGGCUUCGGUGAUGAACCAGGAAUCAAAACACAGAUGAUGAACCUGAUCCGCUCUGUCAGAACUGUCAUGAGAGUGCCUUUGAUCGGCGUAAACUCUAUCUGUAUCGUGCUGUUACUUCUGUUUGGAUGAAGAGGAGUGAUGACAAGUGAAGAGUGGAUGGCUGACCACGGUGAAUACAACGAACUUCGUUAUAUACAUGACGACAAUGAAUGUUUGGAAUAGUAAUUUAAAUACAAAUAUUAAAGACAAAAAUAAAUGCUUUUGAUAGAA